CUGGCCGUCGCUCGCCUCUUCUGCUUCCGGGGAAAACCUCGUGCCUCCCUUUAAACCCUGCACCAUCACGACCUCUCUUGUGCCAAGCACCUCAUCAACCCGCAUCACGCCGCCGCGUGCACAUUCACGCAUCCAUCUCCGCACUUCGCAUUCGGCUUCAUUGCCGACCUUCCUUCUCCUCGUUCCUUGACCUGCGGGCCUCCUCGCCGAUUUUGCAGCCUGGCUAGGUGAAACACCAGCCACUGCUUCUUCUUCACCUCCCCAUCAGCCCUGCGCGAGCCGCACCACCGUCUCUAAACCACCCAUCCCCAUGUCCGAAGUCGCUUCACGGCCCUCCGCCUCGCGCGGCAGAGGCAGCGGUCGCGGCGGCAGAGGAGGCUUUGCCGGUCGCGGCGGUCGCAGACCUAACGGUGACAAGUCUGACCACAAGGCGACCGACGACGGCCUCGGUGCCUUUGACGACGAGGGCGACUUUGCCGACCUCCGAAAGCAAUAUGGUGGCAAGACGUCGGUGAUCCGCGAGAUGUUCCCAGACUGGUCCGAGGUGGACGUGCUUUUUGCACUCCAGGAGACCAACGGCGACGAGAACGAGGCGGUCGCGCGCAUUGCUGAAGGCACAAUCUCUCAGUGGGGCGAAGUCUCCAAGCCCAAGAAGACGACCCGCGCAAAGGGCAAGGACGCCACCACCGCCCCUCCUGCAGCUGCCGAGCAGACCAGCACCGCUGGCCGACCUGCUCGUGGCGGUCGGGCUGCUUCCGAGGGAGGUCGUGGUCGAGGUCGAGGCUCCGACAGAGGCGGUGCUGCCCGUGGUGGUCGAGGUCGAUCCACUCAAGCCGGUGCUAACGGCGCUCGCAACAAGGAAGCCAGCCAGCUCUCUGUUCCGACCGAGGAGUCGUCCGCAUGGGACAAUGAGAAACCUCAGGUCGACAAGCCCGAACCCAAGACCGCCGCCACGGAAAAGCCCAUAGUCUCCACCACCUCUGAUGCUCCCAAGGCUGCUGCACCCCAAGCCAAGACUUGGGCCAGCAUGCUGCGACAGUCGACUGCGCCCAAGCCCGCCCCUGCGCCCAAGGACGUUCCCGCCCCCAAGCCUGCCGAACCUGUCGAGCCUCAAGCCGUCGCCGCCGCCGAGCUUGUCCAACCCGAACCCGAACCUGUCGCCGAGGAGGCCGAGGAGGCCACCCCUGUUGCCCAGCACGCCGAGCCAGUUCAAGUCCCGAGCAUUGCACAACCCGACAUUUCUCUUCCCCCGACCAAGGACGAGCUCACCGAGACGAAUCUCGAGCAGAGCCCCGUGAAUGCCAACGCCACGCCUCUUUCGGCCGCCCAGCAGCAGCAUCAGGCUCAGCGCGCCGCCGCUAGUGGGUUCGCUACGUCUGCUAUCAAGGCGGCGGCGGACCGUUCCGCACGGGCUCCCAGCUACCAGCGUCGCGUUCUGGACCAGGAGGAGGCUGUGCGUAUGCCUGGCAACCGCGAGGUCGAUCGUGCGGCCGUGCGAUUUGGCGCCUUUAGCUUGAACGGCGGCGAGGAGGACGUUGAUGGCGAGCGUGAGGAGCCCGAGACUCGGGCGCAGCCCCCAGCUGAUUCUCCGGUUGCCCACCCUCGCGCCUCUCUUCCCCCCGUUUCCCAACCUGUUGCGGUUCCCGAGCCAUUCUCCCAGAAGCCUGGAGCCGCCGCCCCCACUGGCCCGGCUGGAAACGUGCCCACUGGUCCCGCAGCUCACGCUCACGCACAGGUUCCUCAACCCGCAAUUCCUAGCGCUCAGCAGUAUGGCCGAUUCGGUCACGGUGUUUCCCAGGAGGCUGCACCCGCGGCCCAGAAGCCCGUUGACCCGUUCCAUCAACAGAGUACCCCGGUUACACAAGCUCCUUUCGACUCGUACGCCACCCAGACAUCUCAGCCGCCUGCUCAGCAGCCGGCUGGUGCCUUCAGCUCCGCCCCCAGCGACUUCUCCAACUAUUACACCGCGAAUCAGCAAGAUCGCAACCCCUAUAACUAUUACGGUCAGCAGUAUGGCGCCCAGCAGGGCGCCCACGGUCAGCACGAUGGUCCUCCAUCGCAGCAGCGACCGUUUGGCGGUUAUGGCCAAGCCGAUAACCUUAGCCAGUAUCCGCAGAGCGGCGCAAUGCACGGCCAGCCUCGGUUUAGCGGUUCUGCCGAAAGCCAAAACAGCGGCCACUCGACGCCGAACCCGACCGCGCAGUCGCAGCAGCAGCAGCAGCAGCAGCCGCAGCCUCAGAGCCAGCAGUCCCAGCAGGGCCAGCAGGGUCAGCAGCAGCAAGCCGCGCAGCAGCCUCAGCAGCAAGGUGGCCCUGGUGCGCAGCCGCAGUCUCAUGGCCAAUAUCCGGGUUACAGCCACCCCUAUUACAGCAACCCCUACUAUCACCAGUACUACUCUGGCUACGGCCAGGGCGGCUUCGGCCCGUACGGCAAGGGUGGAAUGUACGGACAGCCCUACGGCGUGUCGCCAAACGCCCCGUACGACCACACGUCGUCACCGGGCGCUUUCGGCCCUUCGUCGCUGCACCGUGAGAGCGGCCUGGGCUCCGGUCUGGGCGACUAUGGUCGCGCCGGAUCUGGUCAGGCUGGCAAUCAGCCCGGCUUGGGCGGCAGCAGCUUCGGCGGUGCACACGACAGCUUCGCGCGCGGCGCGUCUUCUUUCCAGUCUCAGGGGCAGGGCUUCAGCAGCCAGACUCAGCCUGCAGCGGGUGGAUCGACGGACGACCUGAAGCCCUUCGGUGACGCUAAGACGGGCUCCGGCCCGUCGCCGGCGCUCGGAGGUGGCCCUCGCCCGGGCUCGGCCACCAACACGGCGCCGAGCGGACAGACCGGUCUGCCCCCGCCCCAGACGUCGCAGAUGGGCGGUGCGUACGGCGGCUACCCCAGCCAUCUCCAGGGCCACAGCCUUCACGGAAGCGGUGCAUACGGGAUGGGCGCCGGCGCCGGCGCCAACCAGCACGGCAGCAGCCCGUACGGCUCGUACGGUCAGGGAUUUAGCAGCGGCUACUAUGGCGGACAGCAGCAGCAGCGCGGCGGCUGGGGGGGUAACUACCACUAGGGGGGUAGAGAGCACGGGACGAGGCGGGGUAGGAAAUACCGUCCCGAGGGGAUGGAAUAGGUUUUGAGAGCGGGGAGAGCAAGGCAUGGGAAGGAAAACCAUACUCAGCACGCGCCAUACGUGCGCCCCCUGCAGAGAGGGCAAGGGGGAAUCUGGCGGUGGAGGGGUUCCAGGGCAAGGUGCUUCUACCCAGCCCAUGCGUACGUGUACGAUUGUCCUGUUUAUUACCCCCCUUUUUUUCUCACAGUUUUUCUCUCUUUGUUAUUGAGAAUGGCCUACACGGAAUCAGGGCGACGGGGACGGCAUUGGCAAAUGGAAAAGGAUAUGAGGUUGCAAAGCCAGUUCCUUGUCCAGGGAAUGGCAGGGGAAUGCUUUGUCGUGCGGCGCCACCGCUCGGCGUUUGUUGGUGCUUCCUUGCGCGUCUUUUUUGCCUCCGGUGAAGAGGAACAAAGGGGGGCUUGUGCUCAACGUGGGCGGGAUCUGUCCUUGCAAGAAAUCGCCCAAAGCGUUUACCGUCGUUGUCGACUAAUGGGCGGGAGUUUUGGCUUUUGCGCGGGAUCAUGGCAGGGGGACGAGUGGUGUCUCGGAGAGCAGCGCAACGGCAAGACACGGGGGGGCAAACAUUCACUUGUUGCCCGAGGGCGGGGCAGAUUGCCACAGGGAGGGAGCGUGUUUAGUUAGAGACCGCCGCCGUCGGGGAAUAUAGCGUGUAUGGAUGGGAUGACAUGACGCAGUUGGGACGGAUGAGAUGGGACGAGUUCCCUUGCAAGUGCGUGUUGUUUUGAUGUUUGACAGCCUGCCUCUCCCCCGUUUGCUCAUGCGUAAAGACGGCAGUCGCUCGGUAGCUGCUGCGUCGUGCAGCGCGUGCCGCGGACAGCAAGCAGCAUGCCGCCCAAAGUCAGUCGACGAGUGCGGGCGGCGGUCCGUGAGUCUUGGUGGCGUCGGCCGCUCGGACACUUACAAGUUACACCUACGUAGAAGAAGCAGCUCGGGAUACUCCGUACCUUUGGUGAAGUUGAUCCCUACGUACGCGG